UUGGAAUAUCUUGCAGCCCACAACUACACAAACUAUUUCAGUCGAAUCAUCUUUAUCUGCGGUUAAAGGAAUAUAAAUUAAUAAUCGCACAGACAACUUCAAAUCCGGUCAGCAACACCACUGAACAAGCAAAACAGUCAAAACCCUUUUCAAAAUGAGCGCAGGUGGAGCCUUUGGUGGCAAUAGAGGAGUCAGACCUGUUCCACCUGAAAAAGGAAUCUUCCCUUUGGAUCAUUUCCAUCAAUGUGAUUUGGAAAAGAAAGAUUACCUUGGUUGUCUUAAAUCUGCUGGUCACCAAUCUGAAAAGUGUCGGCUCUUCUCAAAAAAGUAUCUUGAAUGUCGAAUGGCAAAAAACUUAAUGGCAAAACAAGAUUUGGCUGAACUUGGAUUUAGAGAAGAACGUGACUUGGAAAUUUCUAGAAAAGAGAAUGUAUCAGAGAAUUGAAUUUUGAAGCUGAGCACUGUAAAUGUUAAGCAUUAUGGAUUUGAUAGGACAUUCUAUUCAUCUUUGGAAUGAGAAAGCACAGCAACCAUGAAUCUUUUACUUGUGUAUUUUAACUGACAACUGAAUAAAUCAUCUGCCUUUAUUAACAAUCUGAUAGCUGCACGAACAUGAAGAAAAACUUUCUUCCCAGAAGAAUAUAGAUCAUGAUUCAUGAAUAACAGACCU